AUGUCGGCCCAAAACUCUACGGGUAUCCAAACCUUGCUCGAUGCCGAGAGGGAGGCAUCCAAGAUCGUUCAGAAAGCUCGCGAAUACCGCACCAAGCGUGUGAGGGAAGCCCGCGACGAGGCGAAGAAAGAGAUUGAUGCCUACCGGGCGGACAAAGAGGCCGAGUACAAGGACUUCGAGGCUCAGCACACACAAGGAAACAAAGCCGCCGAAGACGAGGCCAACAAGGAGGCCGAUGGGAAGAUUGCGGAGAUUCAGGAGGCUGGGAAGGCGAACCAGGACAAGAUCAUCAAGGACCUGUUGUCGGCGGUGUUUGACGCACACCCCGCGCCGGUGUCAUGA